CACAAGCAAACGAAGAUAUUCUGGCCACAAGGGUUCGUGGCCCGCGAUCUCCCCGAUGGCCGGAUCUUAACAUUUGGGUACGAUGUUAAUAUAAUCCGCGCCCUGCACGUGUCCGGCUCCAACACGUUACGAGAUCAUGGAAAGUCGCUAGCUCAUGACCUAGCGAUGCGGAGGAUGAGGUCCCGAACCGUCCGAACCCUCAGGUCACCAAGUACUGCAGGCUGCAAUAAACUGACUUGCAACAGAACAAACGCCCCUUCAUCUUCGUCGCGCAUAACUUAGGCAGACUUGUAGUCGAGCAGGCCCUCCUCAUCUCCCACGGCGCCGCACAACAACACUUAAGCAGAUCUUGGCAUCCACCACUGCAAUCGUCUUCAUGGGAACUCCGCACAUCGGCUCGACAAUCGCCGACUGGACUAUGCCUCUUAUGUGUCUCGGUAACGUGCUCCACAGAGCAAAUAAGGACAUCGUCAAAGUUCUGCGGCCCGGGUCAGAGGUGCUUGUGAAUUUGCAGCAGGAGUUUCCUACCAUGUUGGAGGAUUAUCGCCGGAAUCAUAAUAAGAAAAUAGAAAUCUCCUUCUUUUUUGAGGGAUUGCCAGUAACUGGCAUCAGAAAAUACCCGAUCACUCCACUAUCCUCAGCGCUCAUCCCAAUCGCAGUGUCCACGGUGACCACAUGCAAAAGUCUAAGUUUGCCAGUGCCAGAGAUCCGGGCUAUGUGGCUGUUAGUGAUCAGCUAUGGUUAUGGGUGGAAGUACUGCAGAGAGAACGUGAAGCGCAGGUUCAGGCUCAGGUUUUUCAGGAACCUCAGCCUCAGCAGGAGCCUGCAGAUUUCAAGAAUUCUCGAAUGCAUAUCUUACUGACUCUGGAGGUGGGCUGAUAUUCCAGGGAAGUCAGACUGCUGGAAGGGAUAUUAAUUUGAAUGCUGUAACUUACCGGUAUCCGCUUGAAUAGAAGGAGCUCAAUAUAUAUAUCCAGAAC